GCAGUAUCAACUCUUCGUCUUUCUUCAUUUCACCUCCGUCAAGAUGUACAAGCUUAAAUCUGUACAUCGGGGCUCGUCCCCAAUGCUGUCAAAAGCAUUGAGGAGGACUUACAUUACACACCACGCGCCCCUCCGGGCCAAAGAAGCCUCACUAUUCGCGAGCACAAAGUACCCAGUGAUUGAUCACGAGUACGAUGCCAUUGUCGUCGGAGCUGGCGGAUCGGGUCUGCGGGCAGCUUUUGGUCUUGCCGAGGCUGGUUUCAACACUGCCUGCAUAUCCAAGCUCUUCCCAACUCGAAGUCACACGGUAGCGGCCCAGGGGGGAAUCAAUGCUGCUCUGGGAAACAUGCACAAGGACGAUUGGAGGUGGCACAUGUACGAUACGGUCAAGGGUUCGGAUUGGCUUGGAGACCAGGAUGCAAUCCAUUACAUGACCAGAGAGGCGCCUCAAUCGGUCAUUGAGCUGGAGAACUACGGCUGUCCCUUCUCGAGAACCGACGACGGCAAGAUUUAUCAACGUGCUUUCGGAGGCCAAUCGCAGGAUUUUGGCAAAGGUGGACAAGCCUAUCGAUGCUGUGCUGCAGCUGACCGAACCGGACACGCCCUUCUGCACACACUUUACGGCCAAUCUCUUCGACACAACACAAACUACUUCAUUGAAUACUUUGCCCUCGAUUUGCUUAUGGAAGACGGCGAAUGCAAGGGCGUUCUUGCCUACAAUCAAGAAGAUGGUACUCUACAUCGAUUCCGAGCACACAACACAGUCUUGGCUACCGGCGGUUACGGACGUGCAUAUUUCAGUUGUACAUCCGCACACACUUGCACAGGUGACGGAAUGGCUAUGGUUGCUCGUGCGGGUCUUCCCAACCAGGAUCUUGAAUUCGUCCAAUUCCACCCAACUGGUAUCUAUGGAGCUGGCUGCUUGAUUACCGAGGGUGCUCGUGGUGAGGGUGGAUAUCUCCUGAAUUCUGAGGGCGAACGGUUUAUGGAAAGAUACGCACCAACUGCCAAGGAUCUGGCCAGUCGUGACGUUGUCUCCCGAUCAAUGACCAUGGAAAUCCGUGAAGGACGCGGUGUUGGACCAGAUAAGGACCACAUCUACCUUCAGCUCAGCCAUUUGCCAGCCGAGGUUCUCCACGAGCGUCUCCCUGGUAUCUCUGAGACCGCCUCUAUCUUCUCCGGUGUCGAUGUUCGAAAGCAACCGAUUCCCGUCUUGCCAACUGUCCACUACAACAUGGGUGGUAUCCCAACGAAAUACACCGGUGAAGUUCUUACAGUUGACAGCGAGGGCAAGGAUAAGGUUGUUCCAGGUCUCUUCGCAUGCGGUGAGGCUGCUUGUGUUUCCGUCCACGGUGCCAACCGUCUCGGAGCCAACUCUCUCCUGGAUCUAAUAGUCUUCGGCCGUGCCGUCUCCCACACUGUCCGUGACAACUUCGAGCCUGGCAUGCCUCACAAGGAGAUCAGUGCCGACGCAGGAGCCGAUUCCAUCAGCGUCCUCGACCAGAUCCGAACAGCCGACGGACCUAAGAGCACGCAUGACAUCCGGCUCGCUAUGCAAAAGACUAUGCAGACAGACGUCAGCGUGUUCCGAACACAAGAGUCACUGGAUGAGGGCGUUCGGAAAAUCAAAGAGGUCGACCAAACAUUCAAGGAUGUGGGGACCAAGGACCGAAGCAUGAUCUGGAACUCAGAUUUGGUUGAGACUCUGGAGUUACGGAACUUGUUGACUUGCGCUGUCCAAACGGCCGAAGCAGCAGCAGCGAGAAAGGAAUCCCGAGGUGCUCACGCCCGAGAAGACUUCCCCGACCGAGACGACAAGAACUGGAUGAAGCACAGCCUGACGUUCCAGAAGCAGCCACAUGGCAAGGUGGACCUCUCCUACAGAGCUGUAGUCGGCCACACGCUGGAUGAGAAUGAGUGCAAGGCUGUCCCUCCCUUCAAGCGUGUCUACUAAAAAGAAAGGAGGUAUUUCCUUGGUUGGCUGGGGCGGGCGAGCCUGGGUAAGGCGAAGUUGAAAGAAAGUUGAGUAGGUGUGGAGACACGGGCGAGAGAGAGAUGGGAUGUGGGGCGGGUUUUGGCCCUGUAGCAUAGCUGCGUUAGUUGGUACUUGGGGAGCAAAGCAUGCAUUUGUGUUUAGUACGAAUACGAUAUUUGCAAAGAAGUAUUUGUCUGUCCAUCAUAAUUUUUGCAAAGCCAGACACGAGAACAUUGCCUCCGU